UCGAGGCAGGAGAGCCAACAGGACAGGAGUCCCAAAUAAAGCCCAGUGAAGUAUUCAUACCAAAAGGACAGGACUCCCAGAGGGGUGUGAUGGGCACGUCCAAGCGAGCCGAGGCCCCAGAGAGGAAGAUCGAGGCAGGAGAACCCAAAGGACAGGAGUCCCGAAUAAGGAAAAGUGAAGUCGGACUACCAAAAAGACAGGAAUCCUAUGCAAGAGUGACUAAAGAACCUGAAGCCCAAGAGAAGAAAAAUGAGGCACUAGCACUGAAAGGACCGGAAACUCAAGGGAAGAAGAGUGAGGCGUUAGGACCAAAAGGACCAGAAACCCAAGCCAAGAAGAGUGAGGCGUUAGGACCAAAAGGACCAGAAACCCAAGCGAAGAAGAGUGAGGCAUUAGUACCAAAAGGACCAGAAACCCAAGCCAAGAAGAGUGAGGCGUUAGGACCAAAAGGACCGGAAAUCCAAGGGAAGACGAAUGAGGCAGAAGCUCGUGAAGGACAGGAAUCCCAAGAAAAGAAAAAUGAGACAGGAGUACCAAACAAACGAGAGGCCCAAACAGGGGAAAAGAUGUCAAGGAAUAAGGGAAAGGAAGGCCAGAGAAAUGAGGGGGGAGGUGCACUGAUGAAUCAAAAUAAUGGCCAGUUGAUGAAGGCGAAG